CAUUGCUUCCGGGUGACGGGCGGAGUUUUGCUGCCGGGGUUACGUCGUCGACGGAAAGUGGCGGGGAGAUGCCGGAGAUUGGGAUCCGACAUGUGGCGUCCGCGAGCAGCUCCGACCCGACUCACUGUGCUGAGAACCUGCUCAAAGCGGACACCUAUCGCAAGUGGAAGGCUGCCCAGGCCGGAGAGAAACAAAUCUCUGUCAUAUUACAGUUUGAAAAAGAGGAGCAGAUUCAUAGCAUCGACAUUGGCAAUGAAGGCUCUGCAUUUGUGGAAGUUUUGGCCGGAAGCUCUGCAUCUCCCAGUGAACAAAGCUAUGAGGUUUUGCUGGUCACGUCCUCCUUUAUGUCCCCCUCAGAGAGCAAGAAUGGAACCAACCUGAACAGGGUCCGUAUGUUUGGGCCUGAUAAGCUUGUGAAGGCCACAGCUGAGAAGAAGUGGGACCGGGUGAAAAUUGUUUGUACUCAGCCCUAUACCAAGUCCAUAGCUUACGGCCUUUCCUUUGUGAGGUUCCACUCGCCUCCAGACAACAAUGAGAUUCAUUCCAAAACAAAUUCACCAAAGGUCACCAAGUUGGGCCAGUUCAAGGUGAAGGACGAGGACAGCAACUCCAGCUCUUUGAAACCCGGUGCUUUGUUCUUCAGCCGUGCCAGCAAACCUUUGGCCUCCCCACCUAAAGCCCUUCAGAAUGACCAGUCCUCGCCCAGUUAUGCUGCUGCUUCACUGCAAACCAGCAUGUCCAGUUCCCCUGACCUUUUGCCAUUAGCUGCAGAAAAACCCACUCCCAAAAUCUCUCCCAAGGACCCUACGCCUGUCAAGAGGAAGUAUGAGUUAAGCAAGGAAAAUACCAGUGUCUCAUCUGUGGCCAAGAAAUCAGACCCUGAUACACCCCGCCCUAUGAAUCCACCCUCCAAGAAACACAAAACUUCCCCAUCAGCACCAGCUUCCCAAAAGACACCACCUUCCAAAAAGCCCCCACAAACACAAGCUUCAGAAGGGACGGCAAACGGCUCUUUCCAGCAUCUCCUUCAGGGCACCGUGUUUGUGUUGAGCGGAUUCCAGAACCCCUUCCGCUCGGAGCUGCGGGACAAAGCCCUCGAGAUGGGGGCCAAGUACCGGCCGGACUGGACCCCUGACAGCACUCAUCUCAUCUGUGCCUUUGCCAACACCCCCAAAUACAGCCAGGUGAAGGGACUUGGGGGCAUCAUUGUGCGCAAGGAGUGGAUCCUGGAUUGUUACCGCACGAAGCGAUGCCUGCCCUGCAAACGCUACCUGAUGGUCAGCUCUGAAUCCUCCAGCAGUGAGCAGGAAGAUGAGAGUGAUGAAGAAGAAGUCUCUGUCCGACACCAGAAGCCUCUUAAACAUCAGCAGAAAGCUAACCUUCCCAGCUCCAACCACAAGCCCAAAGCCCCUAUCAGCCCUAAAGUAGCCCCGACAGCAGCAAGGAGAGUGCUCGCUGAAAAGGAGGAAGAGCCCAGCACCUCUCAGAAUAGCAGCGUCCAUAACAAUUUACGGGUUUCAGCAGUCAACUCUGCAGCAUCUACUGAUGAUGAAGACCCCACAGGUGUUCAAGGCAAUGGAGAUGAGGAGUCCGGUGAUACUGAUGAUGAGCUGAGGAGAGUGGAAGAAGAACAUCGCAAAAAACAACAAGGAGGGCGGAGGGCUGUUCCAGAACCAGAUGAUGAUCCAUAUGCUGGUUCCACAGAUGAGAACACAGAUGUUGAAGAAAAGGAAGAGCCAGAUCAACCUAUUCCAGAACUUCCUGAUUUAUUUGAGGGAAAGCACUUCUUCCUUUACGGUGAAUUCCCUUCUAACGAGCGACGCCUCCUGAACCGCUACAUCAUAGCUUUCAAUGGGGAAGUGGAGGACUACAUGAACGAGCGAGUUAAUUACGUGAUCACAGCUCAAGAGUGGGAUGACACUUUUGAGGAGGCUCUGAACGAGAACGCCAACCUGUCCUUUGUGCGUCCCCGCUGGAUCUACAACUGCAACGAGAGGCAGAAACUGAUCCCUCACCAGCCGUAUGUUGUGGUGCCACGAUUGUAGGAGGCCUUCUUGCAGGCUUUUGUGAAUCUUCCAUUCUCCCACUGGAGUAAACUAUAUCCUCCUUCCUUGUGGACCACUUGGCCUCCAAACCACACCCAGUUCUUGUCAGAGGGUUCCAACUUGUCUUGAAGGCCUGGAGUUGCAAACUUCUUCCAAUGUAGUGACAUCUUUGAAUGUCUUUGGCUCUUUUGGCGGUUACCUCAGGCUGCAUCAGAGCAGAAUUUGCUUUGGAAAGCAAUUGCUGUCCUGCAGAAUCAGGGUCAAAAGCUCCAUGGCCUUGCUGUGUAUUGCUCCAGAUUGGGCCUAGUAUGAAUUCUGUGGGUUUGGAAGGUGGGAUUAUAAGAGCUUCAGUUUCAGGGACCAGGACGGAACUGAGAAAGGGAGAUGUAUAAACACACGCAUAUUUCACACUUCCGUGAUUUGUUGUUUUGGGAUCUUCUCUUCACUCUUGUAUUUACAUUUUUCUUUUUGUUUCUUAUCCCUACUCUCCUUAUUCCCCCUCAGACGUUUCAUAGGAAACUUGACAUGUCCUUACUGAAUGUGUGUUUCCAUGUGGAAGUUAAUUCCGUAAUAUUUGAAACAACACCUAGAACAGUGUUUUUUCUCCUGUUCUGAUGGAUUGCACAUGGUUUUACAAGCAGUCACCUGAUCUACUUAGUAUAGACUGGAUUACCUAACAUUUUUCUAAACUAUGUUUACUGCUUCCAUUGGGGUACGCUGGUGAACUUGAAGACAUCCAUAUGUAUGCCUACUUUCUAGCCAAGUCUUUAUUAUUCAAAAAUGUACUACUUUCUGCGUGCAUUUCUUAUCUUCUGUUUUACUUCUCUGCAGAACACUUAACGUUACAGUGGUUCUCAACCUGGGGGUCCCCAGAUGUUUUGGCCUCCAACUCCCAGAAAUCCCAAUUAUUAUAAUUGUCAUUUGGGCUUGGCCUCAUGUAAGCCGCUACGAGUCCCCAUUGGGGAGAUGGUGGCGGGGUAAUAAAUAAAGUUUAUUAUUAUUUAUUAUUAUUAUCCCAACCAGUUUACCAGCUAGGCCAAAACAUCCGGGGACCCACAGGUUGAGAACCACUGCUUAAUGACAAUAACAGCCUAACUAACCAGCCCAACAUUCAAUACUGGCUGGUAUUUUUCAAAUUCCACAUUCUAGUUCAUGUACCUCUAAGUUGUUUGCAUAUGUUCAGUUCUGUAUAUCUCCCAUUAAGGGUAUGAUAGGUAAGUGGGUGUUUUUCAGGGUGUGCUUGGCCCAAAUGCCAAGUUCUUUUUAACGCCGAAAGUUCUCUCAUUGACAAAACACCUUGGAAACAUUCGUUUCAAGAAACUGUGCUGUAUUAAGAUUGUAUUGCAGCGGCUGUGGGUCAAAACCCAUUCCCAUGAUGGUUCUGCAGAUGCAGAACGAAGCUGGGGUGUCACGCCGUUUGAGUCUUAAAAUAUAUAGCUGGUUAUUCUAGGCGUGCAGAGGUCCAUUAUGAAAUAUACUCCUGGUAUUGGGAAUAUUCAGAUCGGGGACGCAAGAUAUUCAUGAAUGAAUGCACAUUGUUAUGGAUAGGUUAAUUUCAGCAAGGUGUUAAUCAGGGCCUUUCCACACAGCCCUCUAUCCCAGAAUAUCAAGGCAGAAAAUCCCACAAUAUCUGCUUUGAGCUGGGUUAUUUGAGUCCACUCUAUCUGCCUUGAUAUUCUGGGAUAUCAAGGGUUGUGUGGAAGGGAUCUCCGUUUGACAUGUGUCUCUCUAGACUUCACUGCAGGAAACCAAUAAAAUACAAAUCCCCGUCCCUCUAUCCCAGAAUAUCAAGGCAGAAAAUCCCACAAUAUUUGCUUUGAGCUUAUAUGGGUUAUAUGAUGGUUGCUUACCUGUAACCAUGUUUCUUCGAGUGGUGCUCUGUGAAAUUAGCACAUGUGAUAUUUGAUGCACCUGUGCAGCAAUCAUUGGAAACUCUGACAAGCUGAGAAGGCUUGUGGCUGCCUUCCCCGCCCCUCUUCCCCAUGAGGCAAUAUAAGCCAGAUGAGGGGCUGAAGGUGUAGUUCCCCACCGCCGUGCAGCAGCACGAGGCUGGAGGCAUGAUCUGCGGGGAGGAAGGGCGGGGAUGUGCUAAUUUCACAGAGCACCACUCGAAGAAACAUGGUUACAGGUAAGCAACCAUCAUUUCUCCUUCGUGGUGUCUGUUGAAAUAAGCACAUGUGAUAGACUAGCAAGCCACAAACCUUGGAUGGUGGGCGUCAUGCCACUGCCGAGAAGAGAACCGCUCUGCCAAACGCAGAAUGUCUCCUCGACUGGACGUCCAUCUUAUAAUGGGUGGCGAACGUCAAUGGAGUGGUCCAGAUCGCCGCCCGACAGAUGUCGUCCAAUGGAACUCCACGAAGAUAAGCUGCCGAUGUAGCGACUGCUCUUGUGGAGUGGCCCCUCAGAUGCAGAGGCGGAUCCUUGCCCGCCAUCUGAUAGGCAAGCCUAAUGGUGGAGACCACCCAUGCCGAGAAGCGUAGGGGGGAAACAGGCUGACCCUUAGUGUCAGUGCGAUAUUUUACAAAAAGUCUAGAAGACUGCCGGAAGUCCUUCGUCCUGUGAAGGUAGAAGGAGAGUGUUCUGCGGACAUAGAGAAGAUGAAGUGACCGCUCAAGCUCUGUUUGUGGAGCUUGAAAAAAUGCUGGAAGCACAAUGUCCUGAGCCAAAUGAUAUGCCGAAGCGACCUUAGGGAGGAAGGAGAUGUCGGUUCUGAGGACCACCUUGUCCUUAUGAAACCGGAGAUAGGGCUCAUCAACACGGAGUGCACACAACUCGCUAGAUCUGCAAGCUGAGGUGACUGCCACCAAAAAAGCAACUUUCCAUGAAAAGUGACAAAGAUCGGCCUUAGCCGGAGGUUCAAAAGGUGGCUUCAUCAAUGCUGACAACACAAAAUCAAGCUGCCAAGAGGGAGGUGGAGGGGAGACUGGUGGUCGGAGAUUCCGGAACCCUCUAAGGAAAAGUUGAACAAAAGGGUCCUGAAACCAUGAGGAGCCACCGUCCCUGCGGCGAUAUGCUGAGAAUGCAGCAAGGUAGUACUUGACUGAAGAAAGCACCAGGCCCUCGUCUGCCAACAUCGCAAGGAACUGGAGAAGGAGAGAAGUAGGGGCCUGCAGAGGGUGCACAUCAUGCUGGCAUGUAAACACAGCAAAGCGCUUCCACUUCGCUUUAUAGGAGCGCUGUGUUGAUGGUCGGUGUGCAGCAUCAAGGAUGGCCGCUACUGCUGGGGGGAAUGGUGCGGCUUGACUCGCCAUGCCGUCAGACGGAGCAGGGCGAGAUCUGGGUGACGGACACAACCGUCCUGGAGCGUAAGCAAGUCCGGCCGACUGCUCAGUGUGAGACGGUCGCCCAGAGCCAUGGUCUGGAGAAGGGCGAACCAGGGUUGUCUUGGCCACCAUGGUGUAAUCAGGAUGGCGUUGGCUCUGUCUGCAUCCAACUUGGCCACCACUCUGCUGAGGAGAGGUAGUGGUGGAAAAACAUACAACAGGUGUCUGUGCCAACUGUACAGGAAGGCAUCCCCUAGGCAUCCCUGCGGAGUGCCUUGUGGCAUCCUGGCACAGAAUCGUUUGCAUUUGGCGUUGCCUGGUGCUGCAAACAGGUCGAUGUCCGGCCAUCCCCCACCGUCGGAAGAGAAGGCGAGUCUCGUGAGGGUGCAGUGACCACUCGUGGCUGGUGGGCCCAGCUCUGCUGAGGUGAUCCGCAACCGUGUUGUCCUGACCGGGCAGAUGUAACACCACAAGAUGGAUCCUCCUGGGAAUGCACCAGUGCCAGAUGUCGAGAGCCAACUGGAGCAGAGAACGGGACCGUGUCCCUCCUUGCUUGUUGAUGUACCAGAUGGCUGUCGUGUUGUCCGUGCGAACCUGGACCACACGGCCCCGAAGGGAGCGCUUGAAUGCUCGGAGCGCUUUCUGGACAGCAGUGAGCUCCAAGAUGUUGAUAUGGAGCUUGGUCUUGGCCAACGUCCACAGACCUUGGAUGGAGAGGGUACCGGAGUGCGCUCCCCAGCCUUGAAGAGAAGCGUUGGUGGUGACGACUGCUGAAGGCCCUGGAGGGCGAAAUGGCAUGCCCACGCAUUGUCGCGGAGAGUCCACCAACCGAGGGUGUGUCGGACAGAGUCCGGCGGAUGUAACAUGCGGUGCUGGCUGUGGUGGAGAGGGUCGAACACUCUGAUGAACCAUGCUUGCAGCGGUCGAAAGUGCAGGUGGGCAAAUGGUGUUACAGCAGUUGUGGAAGCCAUAUGCCCCAGUGUGGACUGAACAUGUUUGGCCUGCACAGAAGACGAGUGACAAAUGCGCUGCACAGCUGCUUGGAGGUUGUGAAACCUCUCUUCCAGAAGAUACGCCUUGCGCUCGAUGGAAUUGAGACGCGCACCGAUGAACCGGAUGUCUUGCGUCGGUUCGAGGUGGGACUUCUGCACAUUCACCGCGAGGCCGAGAUUCUGAAGCAAAGUGAGAGUGAAGUCCAGAUGUUGGAGGAGUUGUGAGCGAGAGGCCCCAACGACCAGCCAAUCAUCAAUGUAAGGAAACACCAUAACGCCCUUCACCCGUAAGUGAGCCGCCACCCCUGCCAUGACCUUGGUGAAGACCCGAGGUGCAGUACAGAUUCCGAACGGAAGAACCCGGAAAGAAUAAGCCUUGUCGCCUAUCUUGAAGGAGAGGCACUUGUGGUGGCGUGGCGCAAUGGCCACGUGGAAGUAAGCAUCCUUGAGGUCUAUCGUGGCAAACCACGCCCCUCGAGGAAGAAGUGGCAAGAUGGUCUGGAGAGUCACCAUACGAAACUUGCGUGGUCGGAUGUAGUGGUUAAGACCACGCAGAUCCAAAAUAGGCCGUUGGCCUCCAUCCUUCUUAGGGACUAGGAAAUAGGUGGAGAAAAACGCAGAAGGAAACACAAUUGCCCCUUUCUGGAGGAGGGUGCGAACCUCAUCCAAAAGGGCAUCCGAAGGCGGCGUAGUUCGAACAAAACCAAGGCGUGGAGUACUCUUGAACUCAAUAGAGUAUCCGUGGCGAACCACAUCCAGCACCCACCUAUCGGUGGUGAUAGAUCUCCAUGCCUCGUAAAA